CGAAGUCACAUGGUCCCAAGUAAGAGAACGUAGCGGGGUCUCCGCUCGAAAAGAGUGAUGCACAUCUGACUGCCUAUUAUCUCUGUUUUCGCAGCAGCUAUUUAAGAACGCUCCUUUUCGUGUUUUGAAGAGUGUACAGUUCCGAUGCCGCACAUGAUUCACUGACGGCCAGUGACUGGUGAUCCAUGGGCAUGCAUGGUAGCAGGUUGCCAGAUCUCCAGCUGAGACCCAGACUAACGUGACAACAGCAAUGGCCACUGUCCAGGACAGCCUCCCUCUGCCCCAAACCUCUGCCUUGGUCUACUCCUCCUGGGCUGCGUGCCUCCAGCUGAUAGGGCUGGGCUUCGCCUUCUACACCGGCGUCUUCCUCCUCUGCCACGUCUUCUCGGCCCUCAGCUUCCACACCUACCGCUCCCUGCAGGCCAAGGAGAAGGUGUUCUGGAACCUGGCGGCAACGCGGGCCGUGUUCGGGGUCCAGAGCUCGGUGGCCGGCCUGCGGGCACUGACCGAGGACUCCGCCCUGUCGGCGGACAAGGUGGCCGGCCAGGAAGACUGGUCCUGGUUCACCAUCCUGACGGCCACUGGCUUCUUCCUCUUUGAGAACAUUGCGCUGCACGCCUCCAGCGUGGCCUUCCGCAGCUUCGACCUCCCCCUGGCCACCCACCACUUCUUCGCUCUGUCGGGGUACGCCGGGGCGGUGGUGUGGGACUCUUUGGGCCACUUCCUACCCAUGGUGACCCUGCUCCUAGAGAUGAGCACGCCCUUCACCUGUAUAUCGUGGAUGUUUCUAAAGGCCGGCUGGGCACGCUCAGUCUUCUGGAAGGCCAACCAGUGGGUGAUGAUCCACAUGUUUCACUGCCGCAUGGUGCUGACCUACUACAUGUGGUGGGUGAGCUGGUGCCACUGGGACGCCAUUAACCGACAUGUGGUGCUCCCGCAGCGCCUGCUCUUCUUCACCGGCCUCGCACUCCUCACCGUCCUCAUCAACCCCAUCUGGACCCACAAGAAGACCAUGCAGCUGCUCAACCCCGUCGACUGGAACUUCGGCGACAAGCCGGCCCCCCGAGAGGCCCCGGGGGCGGGCGCGGGCGACGACAAACCCCACGCCAACUAGGACCCGGAGAGGCACAGGAUGAGGCCAGUUCUAGGCAGAGGUCAGAGGUCAAACCGCAGGUCACAGGGUCACAGCGAAGCACUAAUUCUAACGCUGUGAAUGAUGGCCUGCAAUUUGCGUGAUGGGUUUUGAGGAUUCUGAGGUGAGCACGGACUGUGUAAACAUCAUAUUUUAUUAUUAAUAUUAUUUUGUUUUUUAAAAAGGCUUUUUAAAGCCUUACUUCAUUGCAGGGAAAGAGUUGUCUGCUUUACAAAUUCAUCCUUGUUCUCUUAUGGACUCCACACAAUAUUCUGUUGGUGUGGGAUUUAGUUAAAUUUAGUUUUUAAAAUAUUAAUAAUUUUUAAAUGUAUGGUGUAUGUUCAUGUAUAAUGGAAGGAGGAAAAGAGGGAGUAAUUUCAGUUUAUGACCUUUGGCAGAAGUGUGUUGAGAGACCAAGAGAGGUCUGGGAUGAGGUGCUGGCUGUUUGGAAUGCCUGAGGCCGUAGCUGGCUGAAUGGUAGUGACCAACAGCUUGACAAUGGUAUUUGGGACUGUUGCAUUUUUGCAUUUUUCUGCACCAGGUUUUCACAUUGGCUGUGCAAAGUAGUUACAAUGUAGAUGAUGAUAGCACUGGCUGUGAUGUAAUGUUUGGCUAGCCUACAUUUAAUAACUAUUAUUAUGAUGAACAAAUUUUAUAACCGUGGGGAAAUGGACUAUUGGUGUGCACAGCAUGUCAGAGCCUAACUCCACCCAUCCUCCUUCACUUAGUCUCAUAUGAACAAUCAGUAAGAUGAAAUGGCCACAAUCAACCAGGGAGGUCUACUGUAGAAUGUACAGUAAUCGCAGUCCGAGAAACAUUCUGAGGCAGUUCCAGCUUGAUCAUUGGAAAUGCUGGGAAUAUGGAUUUUCUUCCCUGUGUUGGUGUGUCCAGGGUAAACCCAAUUUCCAGGUCACAUUAACUCAGAGGUGGGCAAUUCCAGUCGUGGAGUGCCGAUGUGUAUGCAGGUUUUUGUUUCCGCCAAUUACCCUGGCUAAAUUAGCUGACUGGCUAUAUACGCCAACACUGGUUCAUUCAUAGAUCACAGUGAAAUGUUUCAUAUUGGGAUUAGGGAUGUCCCGAUCCGAUCUAUGGAUCGGCUUGGAUACGCCCAAUCUGAAUCUGAUUCUCUCCGAUACUACAAAACUUAGGCUAAUUCUUGCCUGUAGCAAAGCUUCGCCUUUGCACUUUUUUAGUCUGUCUGUACUCCGUUUACACCAGCUGUCUGAAUGCACUCCUGUGAAAAACCACCAUUCAUUCACCACCGUGAAUUAGGCUGUUGUUUAUGAAACACGCAGCCAUCUGCUACGAUGUCUGCUGUGUGGAACGACCACGUGCAACAUUUGCAAUGCCAGUGUUUCAAGGGUGACACUAACGCAGCUUCUUACAAUGCAACAAACGUGAUAAAGCAUCUAAAGAAACACCACUCAAAGGAGUAUGCUGACAUUUUGCAGUUGUCUUUUAUUGGAAUCUUCAAGCUUGAUGAUAAUGCUACACCACUUCAAAGCAGGGCUUAUUUUUAGGUAGGAUAUAGCUACCAGUAUGAAUUCACCCAGCAGUAUGUGGUUUUGAUAUACCAUUUGUGUUGGUAUAUGAACUGUGUUUUAUUGUUUUUCAUCCAAUGAAUUUUUAAAAAAUUGUUCGUUGCAACAGUAUGAUAAAGAAGUGACCUUAAAGUGAAUUGUCAGGUUUGAAUGAAACUUGCAAAAUGUAAAAAAAAAAAAAAAAAAUGUAAAAAAACGUGACAUGACUUUACAAACAACACGCACAGAGAUGUGCCAAGGUACAAUUAAAGGGGGCGGGAGAAGAAACACAGCCAAUACAUCAUGGCAACGUUGAUUGUUAUUAGACUGUAUCCUUGAAACAUUCCAUAAUCUUAUAGAUGUGGUAUAUCGCCCAGUCUUACCUAGAAGUAUAUGUUUGCAUUGAAUUACAAACCUAGAAGCUAGAUUUUAACAUUUCUGCUUGAAUAUUUUGUAUGUUAGCCUGACAUUUGCCGGCUGAACAUAUGGUUUUUUGUUCACUAUCCAAUUUUAAAAUAUUCAAUAUUUAACACCUAGUAGUGUUCAUGCUCCCAAUAAAAAUAGUGAAAUUAAUUUUUAUUUUGAUUGAUCCCAUAUUUUUCUACAGUCAGAGUAGGCUUUCAGUUUACUUCUGUAAUUUUCAUUGGAAAAUCAAAUCCUGUCAUACCGUCAAUUACAGUAUAUGAAAAAUAUGAUAUUAUAUUUUGGUCAUAUCGUACAGCACUACUUCAAAGUCUGUACCAACUGAUAAUGGUGCGCUAGGAGGCCAUUAAAGAAAAAACAAAAUGCAGCCAGCCAUAUUGUGUACCCGCCAUAUUUUGGCCUGUUUAUUCUUAAGCAAAAUGAGUAAUUUUCUGUAUAAUUUCUUUUUUUUUUUUUUUAGCUUACCUUGCUCGCCCGAGAGUUGCUUUACUGAUUUUAAGCCAAGCUGGCUGUUCUUGUGUAUAGGCUAGAAGUUGAAUAAUUUAAAAAAGAUAAAUAACAAAAAAUAUAGGUAUUAGAUUGAUAUUGGCCGACACUCAGUGUUACUGUACUCUGAUUGGAUUGGGAGACAAAUAAACAGGCUCACGGCUUCCUUAAUAGGGAUAGAGGGGGAAGAAAUGAGUCAGAUUUGAUAUAAAAUAAUUCAGUGUUUUGGUUAGAAUGCCCCCUUGUCAUAUACAUUUUUUUUUGAGUUUAGAUCAUUUCAUUUAGAACGGCAAAAACAAAGCUGGAUUUUGUGCCUCACGUUCUCAAUGUCAGGGCUGUGGCACUGUACAAAGUAUUGGUAAUUUGAAGAUUUGGAAGCCAGUCGAGGGUUAUUCCACAUCAGUCUAGUCCGUAAAAGUUUGACAGUGUAACUUGACUUUUAUUGAAAUGAAUCCCAGGCAAGGACAGAGGGCUGCAGUUUUAUGAUUUACAUGGAAAAAAAUGCUCUCCAGUUGAGUGCUGUUCUAGGGUGGCUCUCCCAUACUAAGGGUUGGCGUACAUUUAUAUGAGUUGCAGGCUCCCGAUUGGAUUUUUAAUUUUUUUUUUUUUUUUUUAAGUUCGGGACCAAAUUGUAAGAAAACAUUAGGUCUUAAUGUCACAACUCACAAGGUAUGAGAUGCCUCUCUAAACCAAUCCUUCUGGUUUAUGGGCUCCCAAUCUUUUUUUGACAUGUCGAAAAUAAUUUGGUCACUGUCUGUUUGAAUUCAUCAGGUAUGAUGCGAGGUGGAUUCUGUUUUUCAGUUCCUGUUGAGUUAACAGGGGGUGGUUUUGCGUAUGACGUUUUGCCCGCUGUGCUUUGCUGACUUUUUAUCUGAUCUGGUCAGGAGCUCAUAUAGUCUGUGCUAUCAUCCGAUCGUCACAAAACCCGAUAGGUACCACUGAAUGCUGGAGCGCGCCACUGUGCAACUCCAGUUUCUUUGACAUGUUCCUGAAUGUGUUUCCAGAGACUAUCACUGUGGAGACCAGGGGGAUAUUUUACAAAGCCGGAUUACUGAGUUAGCUGGAUAGCUACAAUGAGCAAAACCCAUAACCCUCCCAAAUCUAGAAAAUGGACUGAAGUAAAAAGAUCUGUUCUGGGUUUUACCCCCGUACUCCUGCUUCAAGAUUUAAAAACCCAUCAUGUUCCAGAAAUGGUCAUUAACUGAUUGCCAAGCUCUAUAACAACAAUGGUACUGUGCAAAAUGUGUUUAUUUACACUGCUAGCCAGAUUUAGUAAAAAAUGUCAGAUGUGCAUUGUGGUUUGACAUACAUCAGAGAGAAAUGUUUUCGUUCUCUCGCUAAAAAGGAACCAGCUUGGGCCAGUAAUUAAUUUAACCUUCAAUUUUACUGUUAUUUGCCCAGGAGGAAAAAUUUAAUUGGUUGUAUUUUAUCUCCUUAAUAUUACCAAUUAAUUUUAGUGAGUUGCAGGUUGUAUUUGAUAAAAUAUUGAAAAAAAUUUUGCAUUUAACUGAUUCAUUUUCCCCCGCAAAUGUAAAGGUUUUUAAAAAAUCCUGUUUUACCUGGAGCAUUUCUGUAGCAUGACAAUAGGAGAUCUGUGAAAGUGAAAACAAAUACUUUCCAAGAUUACAUUUUUUGGUGAGCUUUCUCUACACAGAGACACACUGCAGAGGGUGUCUUCUGCUCAGUACCUUUCCCCCCAUAAAUUUGCAGAUUCAGUUCCGCAAAUUUCUUGCAUGACACUUAUUCAGUAUUAAAUAUUCAUUCUCUUGUCUUAUUUUUAUUCAACCUCUUUGGCAUAUUUCUGUCUGAUUUUCCUUUCAUAAACCUGGCUCAGCAGCGAAAACAACAUUAAGGAGUGGCUCAUAUUUCAUGAGAUAUUGUUCAAGUCUAACUGCUCUUGCAAAAAAACAAAAAAACAACAACAUAUUUUUGGUAACUGACUCCCGUCAGGUAUGAAUAAGGUUUUUUGACAUUUUUACUGUUCUAAAUGUUCUGAAGUGUGUUUAAAUUAUUCUUCAUGAGCAAUACUUUCGUAGAGCAUGUAAUUUUUCCCCUAAUAAAUAAAAAUACCUGUAAUAUGUAAAAACAAGUUUAACAUGCUGUGCUGUGUGCUGCAGUCGAAGUACAACCCUCCUGGCCUGCUAUUAAUCAAUCACAAUCACAGUUCUAAUGGCGGUGUUCCCAAUGGGUUGAGAUUGAAUUUGUGUUCAGAUAGAAGUAAAGUACAAUGGGGAUUUUCUGAAGAGCAGUACUCUUUUCUUACAAACCAGGAACUUGAACUUUGUUUUUUUUUUUUUUUUUUUUUUUUUUUUUUUGUUCCUCCCAUGAAGCAGAAGUAAAACCACGUACAGACCCGCUAUCGUAAAUGAAAUAAGCACUAGAGAAAUGUAACUGACAAGCUAGACCAGCUAGAGUUGCCUUUACUUGAUGGUCAUCUUGAAUAGUGGCCCCAUAGGCAACUUCUGGUUUCUAUGGUCAUGGUCUAAUUUUAGCCUUACCUUUUUUGGAAGUAGGAGCUCAGUGUGUUUCUUCGGACUUGUUUUGUGGCAUAACCACACCAUUAGAAACCUGUCCCAAAAUGUAUGAAUCGCAGUGUCGGAAUCACAGUUGAGGCAGUUGAUUGGUGCAAACACACUUCUUUGGUUUGCAAAGCUAAUGAAACUGCAGUAAAAGGAAACCAGAGAUUUCAUGACUAAUGUAUAUGUCUAUAUGUAGUAUAGUAAUGAUAAUGGUAAUUAAUGAUAACAGAGUACAUUUGAAUUGAGGGUUCUGUUUCACAAAACUCAGAUGUACUGAGUUUGAGUCAUAAGUUCUACUCCUAAAAUGACAUGACAAAUUUGUACUCGACAUGCAAAGCGAAAAUGCCUUAAAUUGUAUGGGAAUGGUUUUUCAUCAAAAUGACAUUUAAAUGGUUCAGUUAAGGUGAGAUUGUGAAUCAGAGAAGUGCACAGGCCCAUCUUGAGAAACCCUAUUUUACGUACACGUCUAUGACGUGGAGACAUUAGCCUGCUCGAGUGAGAUGAAUCUUGAAAAAUGACUUCAGCCCCACCUAUUGGUGUGGUGUAGUAUAACAUGAGGUGGCUUUCUUUUUUCUUUUUUCUUUUUACUGCAUAUUAUUUUUCAAAUGUCCUAUUGAUCAGUCAGGUUUAAAUAUGUGAUAAAAAAUGAAGUAUAAAGCCCUCUAAAAGUAAUAAUAUUUACUAGUAAUGAUAAAGGACUAUUUCUGCUAUACCUCCCAUGUGGUAAGUGCUCAUAAGCACUUUACAGUCAACAUUAGAAAUUACAAAAGCAGCCAGUCCACUCUGCCUUCUGAAGCCAAGUGGAGCUGGCCAUUGUCAGUAUUUGGACAGGAGACUUUGGAAAACUGGGGCCAUAUUCCAAAGGUGUACUUGCAUACUACCUACAAUGUGUUAGUUAACAGUUGACAUACUGAGUACUAUUCACAAACUCAGGAAUGUGAAUGCAUGUAUGCAUAGCAAGUUCCCUGUAUGUGUUCUCACAUACUUUGGUGUAUAUCUACUGAAGUGUACCCUAACUAUGAUUGAAGUUGCCAGAAGUCCUUGAUAAUGCAACACUGCAUAUUCAAAUUGCAAUGAAGGGGGAAAAAAUGCUAUUUAGAAUUUUGGUACAUGAUUAGUAGGUCAACUUUUUUUUUUUUUUUUUGGUCAGCACAUAUCCCCAAAAGAUUUUGAAGGAUAUUAUGGCCUCUUUUUAAAACUGAUUUUCCAAAACUGGAAAUAUAAUCAUAAACAAAGAAAAUUGAACCUUUAUUUAGCCUUCCUACUUUACCUCAGAUGUGUGGUGAUUGUUGUGGCACAAAAUGUCUGCCGUUUAUCACUAAGGUGGGAACUAUUCAUUGGCUUGGUUGAGAAGAGUCCAUUUUAAAACUGAGAUCCAUGAAAGGUUUCAUAUGAAUACUUUACCAAAGUAUUAAAGAAACAAAAACCAAUCUUUCAGCUUUUAAUUUAAAGUAUUGAAAUUAGUGUUGGUCUAAGAUUUUUCUUUUAAUAUUUUUGGUUUAAUUUCCGUUUUGUUGAUAUUUGAAAUAUGGUUUGACAGACUUUGUCAGUUCAUUAUUAUGUUGCUUUUACCUUUUUAUGGCAUGAACUAAAAUGGUUUUGACUCGUGAAAGAUCUUUAAAAAUACAAUUUGUGUGUCUGGUUUUCCCCACAUUUACUGUUUCUAAUACUGACAGCAUGGUCUGUGGCAGUUCAUGCAAUAAUGUGAUGUGCCGUGGGAUUGUUACUGAUAAUUAAAUUUAAAAAAAAAAAAUUUUUUGAAAGCUAUUCCUUUGAGUGUUAUGGAGUGAAAUAAAAUGAAUUUUAUUAGGUACUAAACAAGCCUCCUUUUUCCUUUUUCAUUUUACUUCAUUCAAAUUGUCUCAUGCCCACCUGUUAAUGAAGACUUACGGUGUUGUGCUGUUUUUCCUGUAUUGAAAGUACCUGACUGCCAUAUUGUGAAAUGAUGCCUAAACCAAUGAGUCAUUUAUUCUUAAAACGGUUACACCCUUUUAUUUUCAGGUUAAACCUUACUUGAAAGAACAUGGUUGCAAAUCAGCAGCACUAAUAGACCAUGUAAUAGUUACUGAUGACAAAUUUCUGACUGUCGUGUGAAUGGCAAAUAAAUGUCCUUAAUGGCUAUAUGUAACAUUCAAA